CACGCCGCGGCGAUCAUGGCCGCGCGGGCAGCAGCGGCGGCGGCGGCGGCGGCGCGGGCGCGGGCGGGCGGCGGCGAGCGGCGGGCGCCCCCCGGGCCGCGGCCGGCGCCCGGGGCCCGGGACCUAGAGGCGGGGGCGCGCGGCGCGGCGGCGGCACCGGGACCCAUGCUGGGGGGCGGCGGCGACGGCGGCGGCCUGAAUAAUGUGCACCACCACCCCCUGCACCCCCGUCACGAACUGAACAUGGCCCAUAACGCGAGCACGGCGGCCGCCGCCGCCGCCGCCGCCAGCACCAACAGCGCCAAGAGCGGCGGCUCCGAGGCGACUCUCAAGGAGGGUGGAAGCGCCGCCGCGCUGUCCUCCUCCUCCUCCGCGGCGGCGGCGUCCUCCUCUUCCUCCUCGUCGGGCCCGGGCUCGGCCAUGGAGACGGGGCUGCUCCCCAACCACAAACUGAAAACCGUUGGCGAAGCCCCCGCCGCACCGCCCCACCAGCAGCACCACCACCACCACCAUGCCCACCACCACCACCACCAUGCCCACCACCUCCACCACCACCACCACGCACUACAGCAGCAGCUAAACCAGUUCCAGCAGCAGCAGCAGCAACAGCAGCAGCAGCAGCAGCAGCAGCAGCAGCCGCCGCCGCCGCCGCCGCAGCAACAUCCCAUUUCCAACAACAGCAGCCUCGGCGGCGCGGGCGGCGGCGCGGCUCAGCCCGGUCCCGACAUGGAGCAGCCGCAACAUGGAGGCGCCAAGGACAGUGCCGCGGGCAGCCAGGCCGACCCCCCGGGCCAGCCUCUGCUGAGCAAGCCGGGCGACGAGGACGACGCGCCGCCCAAGAUGGGGGAGCCGGCGGGCGGCCGGUUCGAGCCCCCGGGCCUGGGCGCCCUGGGCGCGCAGCAGCCGCCGGUCGCCGUGCCCGGGGGCGGCGGCGGCGGUGGCGGCGGCGGCGGCGGCCCGGCGGCCGUCGCGGAGUUUAAUAAUUACUAUGGCAGCGCUGCCCCUGCUAGCGGCGGCCCCGGCGGCCGCACUGGGCCUUGCUUUGAUCAACAUGGCGGACAACAAAGCCCCGGGAUGGGGAUGAUGCACUCCGCCUCAGCCGCCGCCGGAGCCCCCAACAGCAUGGACCCCCUGCAGAACUCCCACGAAGGGUACCCCAACAGCCAGUACAACCAUUAUCCGGGCUACAGCCGGCCCAGCGCGGGCGGCGGCGGCGGCGGCGGCGGCGGCGGCGGCGGCGGCGGCGGAGGAGGAGGAGGCAGCGGAGGAGGAGGAGGAGGAGGAGGAGCAGGAGCGGGAGCGGGAGCUGUGGCGGCGGCGGCCGCGGCGGCGGCAGCAGCAGCAGGAGGCGGCGGCGGCGGCGGCGGCUAUGGGGGCUCGUCCUCGGGGUACGGGGUGCUGAGCUCCCCCCGGCAGCAGGGCGGCGGCAUGAUGAUGGGCCCCGGGGGCGGCGGGGCCGCGAGCCUCAGCAAGGCGGCCGCCGGCGCGGCGGCUGGGGGCUUCCAGCGCUUCGCCGGGCAGAACCAGCACCCGUCGGGGGCCACCCCGACCCUCAACCAGCUGCUCACCUCGCCCAGCCCCAUGAUGAGGAGCUACGGCGGCAGCUACCCCGACUACAGCAGCCCCAGCGCGCCGCCGCCGCCGUCGCAGCCCCAGUCCCAGGCGGCGGCGGCGGCGGCGGGGGCGGCGGCGGGCGGCCAGCAGGCGGCCGCGGGCAUGGGCUUGGGCAAGGACAUGGGCGCCCAGUACGCCGCUGCCAGCCCGGCCUGGGCGGCCGCGCAACAAAGGAGCCACCCGGCGAUGAGCCCCGGCACCCCCGGCCCGACCAUGGGCAGAUCCCAGGGCAGCCCAAUGGAUCCUAUGGUGAUGAAGAGACCUCAGUUGUAUGGGAUGGGCAGUAACCCUCAUUCUCAGCCUCAGCAGAGCAGCCCUUACCCAGGAGGCUCCUACGGCCCCCCAGGCCCACAGCGGUAUCCAAUCAGCAUCCAGGGUCGGACCCCAGGGGCCAUGGGAGGAAUGCAGUACCCACAGCAGCAGAUGCCACCUCAGUAUGGACAGCAAGGUGUGAGUUACUGUCAGCAGGGCCAGCAGCCUUACUACAACCAGCAGCCGCAGCCUCCGCACCUCCCUCCGCAGGCCCAGUACCUGCCGUCCCAGUCCCAGCAAAGGUACCAGCCGCAGCAGGACAUGUCUCAGGAAGGCUAUGGAACUAGGUCUCAACCUCCUUUGGCUCCUGGAAAACCUAACCAUGAAGACUUGAACUUAAUACAACAAGAAAGACCAUCAAGUUUACCAGUUGAAGUCUUGACCUCGGAGGAUACCGCCUUUGGACUCAAGGACCUGUCUGGCUCCAUCGAUGACCUCCCCACGGGAACGGAGGCAACUCUGAGCUCAGCAGUCAGUGCGUCUGGGUCCACGAGCAGCCAAGGGGAUCAGAGCAACCCAGCUCAGUCACCUUUCUCUCCGCACGCAUCCCCCCAUCUCUCUAGCAUCCCUGGGGGCCCAUCGCCUUCUCCUGUCGGCUCUCCUGUGGGCAGCAACCAGUCGCGAUCUGGCCCGAUUUCUCCUGCAAGUAUUCCAGGCAGUCAGAUGCCUCCUCAGCCACCUGGGAGCCAGUCAGAAUCCAGUUCCCAUCCUGCCUUGAGCCAGUCACCAAUGCCACAGGAAAGAGGUUUUAUGGCAGGCACACAAAGAAACCCUCAGAUGUCUCAGUAUGGACCUCAACAGACAGGACCAUCCAUGUCGCCUCAUCCUUCUCCUGGAGGCCAGAUGCAUCCUGGAAUCAGUAGCUUUCAGCAGAGUAACUCAAGUGGGACUUAUGGUCCACAGAUGAGCCAGUAUGGACCACAAGGUAACUACUCCAGACCCCCAACGUAUAGCGGGGUGCCCAGUGCAAGCUACAGCGGCCCAGGGCCCGGCAUGGGCAUCAAUGCCAACAACCAGAUGCAUGGACAAGGGCCAAGCCAGCCAUGUGGUGCUAUGCCCCUGGGACGAAUGCCAUCAGCUGGGAUGCAGAACAGACCAUUUCCUGGAAAUAUGAGCAGCAUGACCCCCAGCUCUCCCGGCAUGUCUCAGCAGGGAGGGCCAGGCAUGGGGCCACCGAUGCCAACCGUGAACCGUAAGGCACAGGAGGCAGCCGCCGCAGUGAUGCAGGCCGCUGCAAACUCGGCACAGAGCAGGCCACCAUACAUUAGGUCGCCUGCUUAUCCCAGCCAGUCUGGGGCUGGGGGACGCCCCAUGUUUUCUUCCCAGCACCCCAACUAUGGCAACUCUCAGGCUCCCCUGAUGCACCAGCCUGACCAGUACGGGCAAGGCACUUUUCCGGGCAUGAAUCAGAGUGGACUUAUGGCUUCCAGCUCUCCCUACAGCCAGCCCGUGAACAACAGCUCUGGGCUGAUGAACACCCAGGCACCCCCCUACAGCAUGACGCCCAAUAUGGUGAACAGCUCAGCAGCAUCUAUGGGUCUUGCAGAUAUGAUGUCUCCCGGGGAAUCCAAAUUGCCCAUACCUCUCAAAGCCGACGGUAAAGAAGAAGGCACUCCGCAGCCUGAGAGCAAGUCGAAGGAUAGCUACAGCUCUCAGGGUAUUUCUCAGCCCCCAACCCCCGGCAACCUGCCAGUCCCUUCCCCAAUGUCCCCCAGCUCUGCUAGCAUCUCCUCAUUUCAUGGAGAUGAAAGCGAUAGCAUUAGCAGCCCAGGCUGGCCAAAGACUCCAUCAAGCCCUAAGUCCAGCUCCUCCACCACCACUGGGGAAAAGAUCACAAAGGUGUAUGAGUUGGGGAAUGAGCCAGAGAGAAAGCUGUGGGUCGACAGAUACCUUACCUUCAUGGAAGAGAGGGGCUCGCCUGUCUCGAGUCUGCCCGCCGUGGGCAAGAAGCCCUUGGACCUGUUCCGGCUCUACGUCUGCGUCAAGGAGAUUGGAGGUUUGGCACAGGUCAAUAAAAACAAGAAGUGGCGUGAGCUGGCAACCAACCUAAAUGUUGGCACUUCAAGCAGCGCAGCGAGCUCCCUGAAAAAGCAGUAUAUUCAGUACCUGUUCGCCUUUGAGUGCAAGAUAGAGCGCGGGGAGGAGCCCCCGCCGGAAGUCUUCAGCACGGCCGAAACCAAGAAGCAGCCCAAGCUCCAGCCGCCCUCUCCUGCUAACUCAGGAUCCUUGCAAGGUCCACAGACCCCCCAGUCAACUGGCAGUAACUCGAUGGCAGAGGUCCCCGGUGACCUGAAGCCCCCGACCCCAGCCUCCACCCCUCACGGACAGAUGACCCCGAUGCAAGGUGGAAGAAGCGGUACAGUCAGCGUGCACGACCCAUUCUCAGACGCCAGUGAUUCAUCAUUCCCGAAACGGAACUCCAUGACUCCGAGCGCCCCCUACCAGCAGGGCAUGAGCAUGCCCGACGUGAUGGGAAGGAUGCCCUAUGAACCCAACAAGGACCCCUUUGGUGGAAUGAGAAAAGUGCCUGGAGGUAGUGAGCCCUUUAUGACUCAAGGGCAGAUGCCCACGAGCAGCAUGCAGGACAUGUAUAACCAGAGUCCCUCCGCAGCGAUGUCCAGUCUGGGCAUGGGGCAGCGGCAGCAGUUUCCCUACGGAGCCAGCUACGAUCGAAGGCAUGAACCUUACGGGCAGCAGUACCCAGGCCAAGGCCCUGCCUCAGGACAGCCGCCAUAUGGAGGACACCAGCCCGGCCUGUAUCCACAGCAGCCGAAUUACAAACGCCAUAUGGACGGCAUGUACGGGCCUCCAGCCAAACGCCACGAGGGAGACAUGUACAGCAUACAGUACGGCAACCAGCAGCAAGACGUGUAUAACCAGUAUGGGGGCUCUUACUCCGGACCGGACAGGAGGCCCGUCCAGGGACAGUACCCGUAUCCCUACAACAGGGAGCGGAUGCAGGGCCCGGGGCAGGUACAGCCGCAUGGGAUCCCGCCUCAGAUGAUGGGCGGCCCGAUGCAGUCGUCCUCCAGCGAAGGGCCUCAGCAGAGCAUGUGGGCGGCUCGCAACGAUAUGCCUUACCCCUACCAGAACAGGCAAGGCCCGGGCGGCCCCACCCAGGCACCUCCUUACCCCGGCAUGAACCGCACGGAUGAUAUGAUGGUACCUGAUCAAAGGAUCAAUCACGAGAGCCAGUGGCCUUCUCACGUCAGCCAACGUCAGCCUUAUAUGUCCUCUCCCGCCUCCAUGCAGCCCAUCACGCGCCCGCCUCAGUCAUCCUACCAGACGCCACCAUCGCUGCCAAAUCACAUCUCCAGAGCCCCCAGCCCUGCCUCCUUCCAGCGCUCCCUGGAGAGCCGCAUGUCUCCAAGCAAGUCUCCCUUUCUGCCCUCCCUGAAGAUGCAGAAGGUCCUGCCCACCGUCCCCACGGCCCAGGUCACGGGGCCGCCCCCCCAGCCGCCCCCCAUCAGAAGGGAGAUUACCUUUCCUCCUGGCUCCGUCGAGGCCUCACAGCCAGUUUUGAAACAAAGGCGAAAGAUUACCUCAAAAGAUAUCGUUACUCCUGAGGCCUGGCGUGUGAUGAUGUCCCUUAAGUCAGGUCUUCUGGCUGAAAGUACUUGGGCUCUGGACACUAUUAACAUUCUCCUGUAUGAUGACAGCACUGUCGCUACCUUCAGUCUCUCCCAGUUGUCUGGAUUUCUCGAACUUUUAGUAGAGUACUUUAGAAAAUGCCUAAUUGACAUUUUUGGGAUUCUUAUGGAAUAUGAGGUGGGAGACCCCAGCCAAAAAGCACUUGAUCACAAUGCAGUGAGGAGAGAUGACAGCCAGUCGUUGGCUGACGACUCGGGGAAGGAGGAGGAAGAUGCUGAGUGUAUUGACGAGGAGGACGACGAGGAGGAUGAGGACGAGGACGAGGACGAUGGGAAGACGGAGAUGGAGGAGAAGAGCAGCGCGGCUCUGGCCUCUCCCAACGCCACUGCAGAUCCCAAGGAGAAGCCCAGGCAAGCGAGUAAGUUCGACAAGCUGCCAAUAAAGAUAGUCAAAAAGAACAACCUGUUCGUGGUCGACCGGUCUGACAGGCUGGGUCGUGUUCAAGAGUUCAACAGUGGACUUCUGCACUGGCAGCUUGGUGGGGGGGACACCACCGAGCACAUCCAGACUCACUUCGAGAGCAAGAUGGAGAUCCCUCCUCGGAGGCGUCCACCUCCCCCUGUAAGCUCCACUGGUAGGAAGAAAGAGCAAGAAGGAAAAGGCGAGGCUGACGAGCAGCAAGAGAAAAGCAUCAUCGCGACCAUUGACGACGUCCUGUCUGCGCGGCCAGGGGCGCUGCCGGAAGACGCAAACCCUGGUGCCCAAACCGAAAGCAGUAAGUUUCCCUUUGGGAUCCAUCAAGCCAAAAGUCACCGGAACAUCAAGCUGCUGGAGGACGAGCCAAGGAGCCGAGACGAGACUCCUCUCUGCACCAUUGCGCACUGGCAGGAUUCUCUGGCUAAGCGCUGUAUCUGUGUGUCCAACAUUGUCCGAAGCUUGUCUUUUGUGCCUGGUAAUGACGCUGAAAUGUCCAAACAUCCAGGCUUGGUGCUGAUCCUGGGGAAGCUGAUUCUGCUUCACCAUGAGCAUCCAGAGAGGAAACGAGCGCCGCAGACCUACGAGAAGGAGGAAGACGAGGACAAAGGGGUGGCCUGCAGCAAGGAUGAGUGGUGGUGGGACUGCCUGGAGGUCUUAAGGGAUAACACGUUGGUCACGUUGGCCAACAUUUCUGGGCAGCUAGACUUGUCUGCUUACACAGAAAGCAUCUGCUUGCCAAUCUUGGAUGGCUUGCUGCACUGGAUGGUGUGCCCGUCUGCAGAGGCACAAGACCCCUUCCCCACUGUGGGACCCAACUCCGUCCUGUCGCCUCAGAGACUCGUGCUGGAGACCCUCUGCAAACUCAGCAUCCAGGACAAUAACGUGGACCUGAUCUUGGCCACGCCUCCAUUUAGCCGUCAGGAGAAAUUCUAUGCUACGUUAGUUAGGUACGUGGGGGAUCGGAAAAACCCAGUCUGUCGAGAAAUGUCCAUGGCGCUCUUAUCGAACCUUGCCCAAGGGGACGCACUGGCAGCGAGGGCCAUAGCUGUGCAGAAAGGGAGCAUUGGCAACUUGAUAAGCUUCCUAGAGGACGGGGUCACCAUGGCCCAGUAUCAGCAGAGCCAGCAUAACCUCCUGCACAUGCAGCCCCCGCCUCUAGAACCCCCGAGCGUGGACAUGAUGUGCAGGGCGGCCAAGGCUCUGCUGGCCAUGGCCAGGGUGGACGAGAACCGCUCGGAGUUCCUCCUGCACGAGGGCCGAUUGCUGGAUAUCUCGAUAUCAGCCGUCCUGAACUCUCUGGUUGCGUCUGUCAUCUGUGAUGUACUGUUUCAGAUCGGGCAGUUAUGACAUCCGAGAGAAGGCAGCAUGUGUGAGUGAAGACUAGAGGCUCCCGUAUCACUGGCUGUUUUCUGUUCUUGUUUAUCCAGCGUAGAAAGAAGAAAAAGAAAAUCUCUGCUCCUCUGCCCCAUUCACUAUUUACCAAUUGGGAAUUAAAGAAAUAAUUAAUUUGAACAGUUAUGAAAUUAAUAUUUGCUGUCUGUGUGUAUAAGUACAUCCUUUUGGGGUUUUUUAUUUUGUUUUCGUUUUUUUUAACCAAAGUUGCUGUCCUAGUGCAUUCAAAGGUCACUUUUUGUUUCUCACAGAUUUUCUUUUUAAUGUUCUUUUCUAUGUUGUAUUGCUUUUUUUUUUUUUUGGGGGGGGGGGAAGCAAAUUGACUUUAAUAAAAAAAAAUGUGGCAAAAGAUGCUAAGAUGGGAAAAUUUCACCACACUGAGGCAAAAAGGUGAAAAAUUAUCAACUUCCUAGGCAUGUUAUUCUUCAGAUAAUGGAAAAAAAAAAAAAAACUGUAUCCCAUCGCCCAAAGCUCUGUGCAAUAGAAACUUCUAGAGAUGUAGGAAUAGGGGCUCAAGGAGGUGUGUCAGUCAGUAGUCAAACUAUGAAAUGAUACUGGUUUCUCCACAGGAAAAUGGUUACAUUAGGCUAGGAGCAAAAACAAUUUUUUUUUUUUUAAGUUAAGAUUGAAAAUACAUACCUGACAACGAUCAACGGAAACUGCUUUCUCACCACUACCGUCAUGUCUGCUGUCUGUCGUCUGACCUUCCACGUGACAGUUCUUCACAAUUCCUUUAAUCAUUUUUUAAAUAUUUUUUUUUUACUGCCCAUGGGCUGUGAUGUAUAUAGAAGUUGUACAUGAAACAUACCCUCAUGCUUUCUUUUUCUUUUCUCUCUCUUUUUUUUUUUAGUACAAAGUUUUUAGUUUCUUUUUCAUGAUGUGGUAACUACGAAGUGAUGGUAGAUUUAAAUAAUUUUUUAUUUUUAUUUUAUAUAUUUUUUCAUUAGGGCCAUAUCUCCAAAAAAAAAAAAAAAGAAAGAAAAAAGACAAAAAACAAAAACAAACAAAAAAAAAAGAGGGUAAUGUACAAGUUUCUGUAUGUAUAAAGUCAUGCUCUAUUUCGGGAGAGCGGCUGAUCACAAUUUGCUUCAUGAAUCAAGGUGUGGAAAUGGUUGCAUAUGGAUGGAUUUAGACUAUGGUUACCAGUACAGACAAAAAAGAAAAAAAUACAACUAAAAGGAAGAAACACAACUUCAAAGAUUUUUCAGUGACAAGAAUCCACAUUUGUAUUUCAAGAUAAUGUAGUUUAAAAAAAAAAAAAGAAAAAAACUUGAUGUAAAUUCCUCCUUUUCCUCUGGCUUAAUGAAUAUCAUUUAUUCAGUAUAAAAUCUUUAUAUGUUCCACAUGUUAAGAAUAAAUGUACAUUAAAUCUUGUUAAGCACUGUGAUGGGUGUUCUUGAAUACUGUCCUAGUUUCCUUACAGUGGUUUCAUAGUAACCAAGUUCUUCCCAAGAAAUAAUAGGGGAAAACCCAGCCUUGUACUAACAUAGUCCUCCUCACAAAGCCCUGAGGUCGGGAGGGGCCUUCAGGGAUUACCUACCUUAGAGUGGGGAGCAACAGUUUGAUUUUCUCAAAUUACUGAGCUGAUGAGCCUUUGUUUGAAGCAAUCAACUCGAACGACACUGAGGUAUGAGAAUUCCCGGUGUAUAUGGGAGGUGGCUGCUUAGCCCCAGAGCUCACUGGCCUGGCGAUGUAACGUUCUGCCUUUUACUAACCCCAUCUUGAUUUGAAUCAGAGAUCGAGCUAAUCCGUGUCUCUUCUGUGUGCCUCAGAGGUGUUUUGCAUUUCGUUUACUCCACCGUGUAUAAUAUUUAUAUUGUGCAAUGUUAAAAAAAUAUGUUAUAUUGUAUGUGGUGUACAUAGUGCAAAGUGAUUAUUUCUAUUUCAGGGCAUAUUAAUAUUCUCCUAUUCCUUCCUACCUGGUGUGCAGUAGCUUUUUAAUACUAGUCACUUCUAAUUUAAACUUCUUCUUCCUGGGUCCUUGACUGUUAUUGUGUAACACUCAGUUUCCUUGAAACUGCUGCAGAAUUGAGCUGUUAGCGGACUCCCUUCUGACGCUACCUCUCCACCACCCUACCAGCCCCAGCACACUCAGACGCCCCAAGUCCUCGCGCCAGACCUGUGGCCCCAGGGGUCGCCCCCGGAGGAGUUAGACGAGAGCACGCAGCUGCGACCAGCGUGUGAAACGUAACUCGAGGGGCACGAGAAACAGAUUUUUCUGCGAGCAGUAUCCUCCUCUGUCAACCCCCCACAUUACUUAGUCACACAGUCUUCGUACUUAACAGUGCAGCCAAAUAUAUGUUGAAUUAAAACCCCACUUAAAAGUCUACUUUAAUACAUCUGCUUGCUAAGAACAGAUUUUAGUGCUCUGAGCUUCAAAUGCGAAGAUUUGUGCGAGGGAACUCGAUAGGAGUCUAACCGCUCUCUUAGCAGAGCAUGAAUAAACCGUACACAGACUCUGAUACCCCAAAUCUUCUGUCAUUCGGAAAAGUAAAAUCAUUACAAAAGACUGUCGUUUUCAUGGUUUGAGUUGUAAUCAAUACCUAGAGUCUAACCAUUGAGCAACAAGUUUUUACAUGCUAAUAUGCAAUGUAACCUCUAGAAUAAUCCAGGAAGACUUUAGCGUCCUUUCUACAGUCACCCCAGAACCAAGACUGCAGAAGCCCACGAAGAACUUACAGCCUGCCUGAGAUCAUCCCGCCUACAAACUGAGUUAUUGCUUUGUCCUAAAAAUUAGUUGUUUUUUCUUUUUUUCCCUAUGAGGCUUUUCGGAAAUUUACAGGAUGCCCGUACUUUAAAUGUGUACAAAAAAAAAAAAAAAAGAUAAAAAUAAAGGUGCAAAGAAAGUUUAGUA